CCCUUCUAGGCAGCCGGUGGCGGUUUCUCCAUGGCUGCUUCCUGGUGCCGCGGUGUUCCUCCAUCCAGACAGUGUCCGCUCUAGGCGUCCGGCGGCUGUGUGGCUCAUAGGCUGGCUGGGAAAAUGCGAAGGUGAAGGCAGAGGGAGUGAGUGUGGAUUCCUUUUCCUUGGCUGGAAUUGAGAGGAGACUUCUGGCCUGGCUCCCACUGAGACCAAGGUGCCAAUGGAAUUGCACUCCGUGAUCUAGAAGCUUUGACAUGUGCACUUGAUGUUUUAAUUUUACUGGAUUGUGUAUAGUCACCCAGCCGGCUCCUGCUGUAAGGAUGGCUCCGCAGUUCCGCAGUUACGUCUGGGAUCCUGCUCUUAUUCUCUCACAGAUUGUGCUGAUGCAGGCCAUUUACUACAGCUCUCUGGGACUCUGGUUGGCUCUGGUGGACAGCUUGGUUCAAAGCAGCCCUUCCCUUGACCAGAUUUUCAGUUAUGAGGUUUUGGGAUUUUCCACCUCACCUGGGAGACUUGCCAUGAUGGCUUUUAUCCUGAAUGCACUUACAUGUGCCAUAGGCUUAUUGUAUUUCAUUCGACGUGGGAAGCAGUGUUUGGAUUUCACUGUCACAGUUCACUUCUUCCACUUGCUGGGCUGCUGGAUUUACAACACACACUUUCCGACUGCUCUAACCUGGUGGCUUGUACAUACUGUUUGCACAGCACUCAUGGCUGUCAUUGGAGAAUACCUCUGUAUGCGAACAGAACUGAAGGAAAUCCCAUUAAAUUCAGCCCCUAAAUCCAACGUAUAGACUGUCAGAGGUACCACCCCUCACUAUCCACUGUAGCAUCUGCGUACUACAUGAGAAUGCAGUGAAGAAACCCGAUAGGUCAAUUUGGACAGCUUAAGAACCCUCAUGUGGAAGACUGGGGCUGUAAUGCUUCCAUGUGCACAAGAGUGUUAUUUCAAUAUCAUACCUCUUGCUCCUCGUGUAGACUCAUCCAUUUUGCUCAAGUGGCACAUUCAAUGACGGACACCAAAAAUAUAACCGUAGGAGCAGACAAUGGACUGUUCUUGAGAAUUUGUAUGCUGAACACUGGAUUGUGAUGAUCCCAGCCUGGGUUUUCUGUAGCAUGGACACCAUCUAGGUAGCUGUCUCCAGGCAGUUUGCAAUGAAAAUGUGAGAUUGCUUUCCCCCGUCCCUCUGAUUUACUUCCAAUAGUUCUUUGAAUUGAAAAUCAAAGAGAUAAAACAGUAUAAGUGGAUGUGAUGCUGUAUUUCCCACUUGGUUGCUGUGGUGCUAGAAGUUUGGUUAAAUGCAGGGAGAAAGUGAUCAUAUUUAUUGGACUGGGAAAAAUAAUCUUUGAAAGGGUUUUUUUUAAAUCAACUUUUUAUUGGAACAUUACAAUUUAUUGACCAGACAGGAUUACAUUGUGGAUUAAUUCACAAUAUGUAAUUCAGGGGAACCAUAAUACUGAAUUAUAAAUCUACCAGCUAUGAGGAGAUAAAUACAUAAGACAAGUCAGCCAGCCAGACAGGCUUGUUGACCACAUCUUGCCAGGGAUAUCUGAUUUCAGAUUAGAAUGGAUCUGCUUCCAAUGAGCCUUUUUUAUAUUACAAUGAAUGUAUUUCCAUAAAGAUCUGGGGCUUUCUGCUCACUACUAGAUUCUAAUAUUUAUUAACCAAGGACACACUUUCUCUGCAGCAGGAUGUUGUGUGGAACAUUUGAAAAAAAAAUUAGGAUUACUGCCAAAACUGAAUCACAUUCAAAAGGAACUUACUCCGCACUCAAUUUUAGUUGUCUCUUAUUAACAAAGAUCUGAGUAACUACGUAACUCCCUCCUUUUUUAAAGGGAGGACUAAUCAGCAAUGCCCAGUUGUAACUGUUUUAUUUUCAUUUCUGCCACUGAACUUCUCCUUGUAUGUAAAUAUUUGUGAACGUCAUUCAUUUGUAUAAAUUAUAUUGGUAAGUUAAUGCUUGGUUUGCAAUGAAUAGACGGAACAUUUUACAAACAGAACUUGAUAAACCAUCACUCCAAAGGUGCCUGUUGGAUUCCAUUGAUGCCACCUCUUAUUGUCUUUUACAGGUAGAAGCUCUUGUUAAGGUUGCCUCUUCUGUUCAUUAUCCUCAGAAAUGGUAUUGGGAAGAAGGCAAAACUUUUCCUCCUCAAUUUUACAUUUCAAAAUAUCUCUCUGUCUUCAAGUUGUUUCCAAAUUAUGGCAACCCUACAUAGAAUUUAUCAAAAGGGUUUCUUGGCAUGGUAUGUUCAGUGGGGGUUUGCUUUUGCCGUCCCGUUAGGCUGGGGGAUUUGCCCAAAGUCACCCAGUGGGUUUCCAUGUGUGAGUGUGAACCCUAGUCUUCAAGAGUUAUAGUCCAACACUCAAAACUGUUACCAUGCUGUGCUUUCAUCAAUAUACUUAAGUGACAGUUCCUUCUUAUAUGAACAUAUUUUACAGAACAACGUGUCACUUUGCUUCCACAGGAUGGCACUGUUGCCUUCUGAGUCGAGUACAAUGGCCAUUGCAAUGGCAGAACACUGCAUAUUUAGCAAUCUCUUUCCAAUAGUUUCUUCUCAGUGGAAAACUUUUUCUGGUAAUUUUUGCAACAGUAUUUCAGUCAAUAUAUAGAGCUUUGAAGUGUUACUCUUUGGAACUUGAGUUCCUAUGAAUCCUCGCAUGCUGACUCAAGAGUUGUACUCCUAAGUAAUAAAUUUUCCAAGCAGUGGCAGGAAAUGCCAUUUGAAGUUAUCCAUACUCAAUCGGUUUAGUUCAAUAUUGUCACAUUAUGAAGCUAAUGGUUCUCCAAUGAGUUAAGCAGAGGUCCUUCAUGGGUUGACCCCCAGGUAGCCUUUCAACUUUAAUGGCAGAUUUUGAGCCAGAGAGUGCUUCCCCAAAAUGGAAACCUUAAAGUGUUUUGGAUUACAGCUCACAAAAUUUAUCACCAGCACGGCCAGUGAUAUUCAAAAAUUAAAAUGGAAAACACCAUAUGGUAAGAUGAUAAUAAUAAUAAUAAUAAUAAUAAUAAUAAUAAUAAUAAUAAUAAUACUUUAUUUUUCUAUCCCGCCACCAUCUCCCCGAAGGGACUCGGGGCGGCUAACAUGGGGAAAUGCCCAAAACAAAACAGAGUAGAACAAUACAACGAAUAUCAAAAUAAAAACAAUAAUAACUUCAAUAAAAUUAAUAAACAAUUUAAACAUUUUAAAAAAUACAUUAAAACACAUAAAAUCAGAACAAACAAAUAAUAAUAAUAGAAUAUCAAUCACUAGAGAUGAAAGAUGGAAGAAUUUCAUGCAGACAAGUGAUAUGUUCUCCUGCCCAGUAUUUUUGAGCAUGAUGAUGAUGUUACAUAACUUCAUCAAUGCAUACCACUGUAGCAUUAGUUGCAAACCAUCAAGAGUGGUACUCUGAUUUGAUCUUUCUGCCCCAAAGGUCCCUAAGGCAGUAUACAAAUUUCAGGAACAAACAGUAAAAUUAAGAACAAAGCAAGGCAAUCUUUAUAUCAUGCAGAGAACAAAAUAAAAAAUUAAACUCUUCAAAUAUGAAGUAAAGUGAUCUUUGUGACUCACCUGAAACUAGCUAGUUGAUCUGAUUUUGUUAAAGAAGAAGAUUCUGAUUUGUGUCACUUACAAAAGAAAAUUAACUAUUCUGUUGAUCUCCCUGAUGUUGGUAAGGAGAUCAAUAAAAUACUGAAUUUUACCCUGGAAGGACAGGGUCUUUGAAGAAGACUGCAAAUUGGGAGAUUCACAUGGAAGCAGAAAGUAUCCACGCAUCUUGAAUCCCCACCAUUAGGAACUUAAUAAAUAAUUGCAGCUUUGAAUUGGGCCUGAAAUGAAUUGGGAGUUGAUGUGGUUGGCAAAAGAACAUGGUGUUAUAGUCUAUGAAGUGUAUACAAAAUGCUCUCCCUGCUUUAUUUUUUUGCUCUAGCUGCGUUUUCUUAAAUCUCUUCAAGAACAGCCACAAGAAGGGUAAAUGAAGAAACUAAAAAGCAUAGAACCAACAUACAGGCGGUCCCCAAGUUAAGUUCUGUAGGUUUGUUCUUAAAUUGAGUUUGUAUGUAAGUCAAAAUAUUUUAAAGUGUCACUCCAGUCGUGUGUGUGUGUGUGCGUAUGUGUGUAUAAAAGCUUUGGAUAGCAUAGGGAAAGGUUAACACCCUGUGGGGUGUUGGUUUGUUUGUUUUGUUUUGUUGUUGUUGGCGCCUCUGUUCAGAAGAUUUCACUUCACUUUCUGUCUCUGUGAUAAUUGGAUUUUGAAAAAAAUUGACUUAUUGUGGAAACAAAGACUGGUGAGAAAGUUUCAGUGGAGACACCUUUUCCCCAUGAUAACCUUUUCGGGAGUGAUUUUCCCUUCCUAAGGGUAGAUUUAUAUCACCAGGUGUCUUCUGCAUUGAUAGAUCCACAGAUCACGUAAAUAACAGACUGUGGCUUUCAGCACUUGAGUUGCUCCAAGAAAGUGUUUCCACAACAGCUGGUUCUGUUCCAGAGUCUGUUGGCAAAUACUUCAUUAAGCAACGUUAUAUUUUGUUAAGAACGAAUAUGAGAACAGUUGUUUUUAUUUCCAAUUUCAUUUAAUGAACAAGGGUGUUUUUUUUUUGUUCUUGUUUGGAAUCUAAGUGACUACAUGACAAUUUAUAACAACAGUUGUACAUGAAAUAUGAGAUAAACAUUACUAAGCAUUGUAUUCCCCUGAAGAAACCUUGUACCUCCAUCUCAGAUUUGAAAAAUAGGUCUGACUAAAACCUAGUGGUCUUAAAGGCAAACGUGAUGCAUAAUCUAAUCCAUGUUUUAUUAAUGUCUAACCCAGUCAUAUCUUUGUGGCUCAUACCACAAAAAGUGAGUGGAUUAAAAAAACUGAACCUUCCAGUUCCUCAAUGUA